CAGCCACACAAUUCGCCUCUCCGUACAGUAAUGCGCGUAAGAUUCUGUCGUCUCCCCAGCCCCUCCGUCUACCACUAUGACAAACAUGUCGCUAGCUUUACAAGAUAUAGACCCAGCUCUGCGCUCAAGCUUAAUGCGGUAAACUCCUUGGAACUGUGUCAAACUCGUCGAUAUUCUUCGCAACCCGAUAACCAGAAACGUCCUGCAGAAGGUUUUCAAGAAGUGCUGGACACUUUGGCCAGAGUACGAGAUCGCAAGGGACUCCUGGAAGAGUAUAAGACACAUGGCGUGUUCGCUCCUUCGAGCAUGAGCUGGCUGGCCAAUUGGUUGAUGUUUUACCACCUCAAUCGACCACAACACACUCAGCUGGAUCUGGUCGACUUUAUUCAAGGUGCCAAAUACGCGAUGGGAGCGACAAUGACGGCCAUGUACUCGAACGAGUUUGCAGACUACGUCGCACGUGAGGCUGAGGCUCCGGGGCCGUUGAAACCAGACUGCGAGAGUGCAGAAAUGGUGGAGCGAUCGCUGGAGACCGUGAGCUAUAAAGCGUUCAAGUCGUUCGUGCUGCAGUCAGCCAGUGCCGGAGUUCGUGCAGAGAUGAAGAAGAUCGAAGUGCAUAGUGCGCAUUUGAUGAGUGUUCAGUAUGAACGAGUAGCGAAGCGGUCGACAACAAACUCUUCGGGUGCCACCGUGCUGGGUGUUCCGGUCGAUGAGCGACUAAAACUGGCGGUGCUGUUUGAUAUCACGGAGCGUGUGAGCAUGACGCUGCCGGACUCAGACGAUGCCGAAGAAAUUGCGAGGUCGAACAAGGCGAUUUGGCAGUUUGAGUCGGUAGUUACCAAGCCGGAAGAUAUCGACUGGAUCAUUGAGCCGCUGCACCUCCUUGCGUAA